UGUACAAGAAAGGCACCAUCUCAUUUUUUGGAGUCGCCACUACAACUUUCUUUUCAAAUAUCAAAAAUGUUUUUGGUCGUGGUUGGGUAUUGACAUGUUCUGAGACGUCUUUCAGCUGAGCAAAAAUGCAAGGUUGGCUAUGUUUGGGGUGGAGAGAAGUGCGUAUCAUUGAUGGACAAAGAGUUGCAUGAGAACCUGGCUUACAAAAGGAAGGCAUUCCAGAGCACGACAAGCAAGCGGUACAGUGGAGAAGCCUAUCGGGCGGUGGAUGGCGUGACCAGCAGUAAAUAUUCGGCCAAGUCCUGCACCCACACUGAGGUAGUCCCAAGCGCCAAAACACGGCAGUGGUGGAGUGUUGACCUUGGGACCAGGGCUACGGUUAAGGUGGUGAAGAUUACCAAUCGGGGUGACUGCUGCUGGACGCGGCUAAAGAAAUUCACCAUUGUAGUUUCGGGUGACGCACCCAAUAGCAAGACAUUCAAGGCGACGAAGGCUAACAUCUGCUUCUACGAGGAUAAAGCACUCACCAAGGGAGAAACCAAGUCAUUUACCUGUCUGACUGCAAUGAAAGGUCGGUUCGUCACCAUCAUCAAGCAAGACAAGGGCGUGCUGACCUUAUGCGAGGUUCAGGUCUUUGGCGAUAAGUUGCCAACGCCAAGCGAGAAAAAGAAAAAUCUCCGACUAGACUUGAUCAUCCUCAUCGAUGCAUCGAAAUACACUGGAAACGCACCAUUCCACAAGGCAAAAAAGUUGCUGUUCACACUCUUGGAUUCGUUCAAUGUUGGUCCACAAAGCAUCCUGAUUCGACUUAUACAUUACGCUUCCACUCCAAAGCUUUACGUCAUGAAUAGCCCAGCGGCUGUUGAAAACUACGUGAAGGUCAUCAAGGGUUUGAAAUACCUCGGGACGCUACCGAGUAUGCCAAAGGCGUUAGCUGAGGUUGAGAAGCUUUUGAAGAACAAGAAAAACUGGCGUAAGGGUGUCCCAAAGGCUGGUUUCUGCCUAGGAGCCUGCACAGCCUCGGUGACGGAUAGCAAAGCAACAAUCAGGACACUGGCUGGGAUAUAUCGAAUGAAUCUCCGUUUGUACGCGUCCCUCAUCGGUGAUGACCUCAACCACCAGUUGAAGCAUGAUAUCUACUUCCCUCAACAUAUGCUGGUGUUGUCUCUGUGGAACAAGGCAGAGCUCAAAGCCAAGGCAAUUCCAUGGAUCAACUCAAUGGCUUCAGACGGCAAAUGUGCAUGGGGAAAGGUUUACCGUUCAAGUAAAUGCUAUCAGGUGGCAUGCCACAAAGGAUGGGUAUGGAACAAGAUGAUGUGCGUCCGACUCCGAGAUUUAAAGGCCCCCUUGAAGAAACCGAUCGUGUAUCACUUGUCACCAGUUAAAGAACUUAGUCACAACCUUUUGCCUGGCCAAAAAAUUGCCCACGAGAUCAAAUCUCGAAAAACUGUGGUUCAUCACAUGGGGCCUACUGUUGCAGUCAUACAUCAACAGACCGGUGAACAGAAAUUGGUUCACGAGAAUUUACCUGGCAAGAAAUUGGUUCAUGGGCUCAAACCAGGCGUAAAAGUCAAUGAAACUUUAAAAGCUGGAAGAGAAGUGGUUCACCAUCUCAAACCUGGUGAAAAACUGGUCCAUCUUAAGCCUGGCGAGAAACCUGGCGAGAAGGUGACUGGUAAACCUGGCAAAGAAGGAGGAAAACUGGUCCAUCUUAAGCCUGGCGAGAAACCUGGCGAGAAGGUGACUGGUAAACCUGGCAAAGAAGGAGGUAAAGGCGUGAGGGCUGGUCGAGACGUGGUUCAUAAAGUCGGUAAGAAAGGAUCACCAGAAAAACUAAAAGUUGUGCUACACCAUACAAUGAAAAUGAAAGGUAUAUUGCAUCAUGGCCAGAUAAAAAAAGAUAUUCAUCAUGGAAGCUUACCAUCGAAGGCUGUAAUACACCAUGCAUUAAAGCUGAAAGGUGUGGUUCACCAUGGUCACAGGGAGAAAGUUAUCAUGCAUCAUAGCCGUGGAAAUAAAGUUUUGAUUCAUCAUCUGAUCGAAGCUGGCAGAGUUCUUCACCAUAAGGCUGGCGUUCAUGCAGGCCUUAUUCAGCAUGUUCAUACGAAGUCGGGGGUCCUUCAUCAUGGGCAUACAGCAAAAGGUGUUGUUCAUCAUAGAACGUCAGAGAAGGGGGUGCUCCUUCACGGAUCGUCAAAAAAUGGUGUCCUUCAUCACGCACAUUCAGAAGAAGGGGUUCUUCACCAUGGAAAAAAAACAAAAGAAAUUCUUCAUCAUGCAAAACCAGUUAAAGACAUUCUUCACCAUGGAAAAAAGACACAAGACAUUCUUCAUCAUGCAAAACCAGUUAAAGACAUUCUUCACCAUGGUAAAGUAGGAAAAGACAUUCUUCACCAUUCAAAACCGAAAAAAGACAUCCUUCAUCAAGAAGAAACAAAAGAGGACAUUCUUCAUCAUGGUACCAAGAAGAAAAACGUACUUCAGCACGUUCUCUUGAAGAAAGUGAUUCUUCACCACGGUAUACCGAGGGCUAAUGUUCUCCAUCAUGGUAAAUUCAUGCAAGGAGCACCUAAACUAGAGAUACUACAUCACGCAGUCUUAACGAAAGUUAUUAUAGCACAUGGUAAAAAAACUGUGAUGCCAACCUGCCCGGUGUCCAAUGACAAACUUAUGGAGAUGAAGGUUCCAGAGAAGUUAGUGGUGAAGGAUGUUGACAAAAAUGAACUGCAGAAGCUGAAACAUACAUUGGAGAAGGAGAAGGACAUGCCAAUUAAGGAGGUGGCGGAUCUGAUCAAGAAGACAAUGAAACCCAAACUUACACCUGCUGGCUGUCCGAAAGGAACUUUGUUUGGUAAAGGGGUUUGUUAUGUAUGCGUUCCACGAGAGCAUGCAUCGAGACGAGAGAAGGAACUCCUUGAGGUAAUGAGGAAGGAACGAAAAAGGUUGGCGGCAGAAGCCAAAACUCAGAGUAAGAAGAAGAAGAAACGAGUUAAACUAGCAGAUAUCAUUGCAACUAACAAGAAGCAGAACAGGGUUAAAAAGGCAGUCAGCAAACUCUUCAAGAAGCUCCAUGCAGGCAAAGAAAAGGGAAAGACGAAAAAGAUUGCUGUCCUGAAGAAAAUCCUUGCGGAAUCGAAAGGAAAAUUAGAUGAGAAGUCAAUAGAUAUCAUCAAUAAAUCAAUUCAGAAUAAGGAGACAGAUAAACAGAUAUUGCAGAAGUUGUCAGCUUAUAGGACUAGAAAGGUUACGGGAAAGAUGGAUUCAUCACUGAAUAUGAAGGUGAUCAGAAAGGAACUGUCCAAAAGCAAGGAAUUCAAAGCUUUGCCUGAGAAAAAGAAAGCUAAGGUUAUCGCCAAGAAGUUGUAUGCACGCCUGCAGGAAAAUAUAAAACUGUUAGCCAAAAAUCUAUCGAAGCAGAAGAAGCAUUUUGCAAGGAAUAUGGCAAUCGGUACAAACUCAGCCAAACUUGCUGCCAUAGAUGGUAAGAAGCUAAUGAAAGAGCUUGCAAAGAAACAAAAGAAUCUUCAUGCGGCUGCUAAGGCUAUGAAACGUGUUGUCAAGGUAGAAGCAACAGCAGUGCCGCACUGGGAAAUGCCAACUCUCAAACCUAAGGAAGGAACAAAGGCCUCAGAAUCUACCAUAAAAUCAAAGAAGCUAAGGAAAGUUGUUUCGCCUAAAAAUGCUGUUAAACUUAAGCAUCUAAAAAAAGUGCACUUCCCGAAGAGAAAAUCCACUGAUAAGUCCUUGAAAUCAAUUGCCAGGAUUAUUGAAAAGGAAGCAAAACUAAAAUCAAAGAUAAAACCUAGGCUCACGACUACUGAAGACAAGACUAUAUUCCAUAGCCUUCCGUCUAAUGUGGUUAUGCACCACAAAAAAUCGAAAACUAGCAAGAAACCUAAAUCACUAGCAUCUGAAAAGUCUGAGCCAAAGAGAGCUAAGCUUAAGUCCAUACACCAUACACUUCCAUCUAAUGUGGUUAUGCACCACACAAAACCGGGAACUAGCAAGAAACCUAAAUUACUAGCAUCUGAAAAGUCUGAGCCAAAGAGAGCUAAACAUAAGUCCAUACACCAUACACUUCCAUCUAAUGUGGUUAUGCACCACACAAAAACGGGAACUAGCAAGAAGCCUAAAUCACUAGCGUCUGAAAAGUCUGAGCCAAAGAGAGCUAAACUUAAGUCCAUACACCAUACACUUCCAUCUGAUGUGGUUAUGCACCACACAAAAACGGGAACUAGUAAAAAACCUAAGUCACUAGCAUCUGAAAAGUCCAGGCCAAAGAAAGCUAAACUUAAGUCCAUACACCAUACACUUCCAUCCAAUGUGGUUAUGCACCACACAAAAACGGGAACUAGCAAGAAACCUAAAUCACUAGCAUCUGAAAAGUCUGAGCCAAAGAGAGCUAAAAUUAAGUCCAUACACCAUACACUUCCAUCUAAUGUGGUUAUGCACCACACAAAAACGGGAACUAGUAAAAAACCUAAGUCAUUAGCAUCUGAAAAGUCCAGGCCAAAGAAAGCUAAACUUAAGUCCAUACACCAUACACUUCCAUCUAAUGUAGUCAUGGAUGAAACAAAAUCGGGAACUGAUAAGAAACCAUCGAUCGCAAUUAAAAAUAUCAAGACUAAAGAGAAACCUUCAGUUCUUAAGGGCACACCUAAACUACCAUCUACCAAGGAAUUGAAGAAACUGCUAGCAGCUGAAGAGGCUAAGCUAAGACAGAAACCAGAGUUGACGACAGAGGAGCCUGCAGCAGCCAAUGUAAAGGUAGUAACAUCACAACCACAGACUACAGAGAAACCUUCAAUUAUUAAGGGCACACCUAAACUACCAUCUAACAAGGAAUUGAAGAAACUGCUAGAUGCUGAAGAGGCUAAGCUAAGACAUAAAACAAAGUUGACGAGAAAGGAACCUAUAGUAGCCAAUGUAAAGGUAGCAACGUCGGAACCACAGACCACAGAGAAACCAUCAAUUUUCAAGGGCACACCUAAACUACCAUCUAACAAGGCAUUGAAGAAAUUGUUGAAAGCUGAAGAGGCUAAGCUAAGACAGAAACCAGAGUUGACGAAAAAGGAACCUAUAGUAGCCAAUGUAAAAGUAGCAACAUCGGAACCACAGACCACACAGAAACCUUUAAUUAUCAAGGGCACACCUAAACAACCAUCUAACAAGGCAUUGAAGAAACUGUUGAAAGCUGAAGAAGCUAAGCUAAGACAGAAACCAGAGUUGACGAGAAAGGAACCUAUAGUAGCCAAUGUAAAAGUAGCAACAUCGGAACCACAGACCACACAGAAACCUUUAAUUAUCAAGGGCACACCUAAACAACCAUCUAACAAGGCAUUGAAGAAACUGUUGAAAGCUGAAGAGGCUAAGCUAAAAGUAAAACCUGAGUCUGCUAAGAAACCUACAGUAGGAAAGCUAAACAUCAGACCAUCAGAAGCAUCGGCCCAGAAGAUAACGAGGGUUUUGUCUGAGGUGGCUGCAAAUAUGAAGGUCACUGCAGCGCCAGGGAUGGUAAAGUCGAAGAUUGAUCAAAAAAUAAAACUUAAAACUGCUUCUCACCAACUUCCCACAAAGGUUGUCAUGCAUCAUAUCAGGUUAAAAUCGGGAACUUCCAAGCAUCCUAAGGUGAAAUUGCUGAAAAAGGGCUUUGUGAAGAAGCCGAAGAUGACAGCUAAACCACCGUCAAAAAAAGUAUUGGCAAAACUAGUAAAGGCUGCCAAUGCUUCGGUUGAAACACCUGUCGGAACGACAUCGAAGAUUUCAUCCAAAAAGGUGAUGGCUCAUCUCUCGAUGGCUGCAAAGAGUUCAACGAUCAAACCAGGCAAGGUCACACCUCUAGUACCAUCUACUCCAGAAUUAGAAAAACUACUAAAGGACGCAGAAGCCCUUAAGGUGAAUGGAAAGAACGCAUCUAAAACACCAACCCAAAAAAUGACAGAUCAACUGGUGAAGGCAGCAAAUUGUACCACCACUGUAAAAACAGCCGUAACCACACCGAAAGCACCAACCACGAAGGAACUAGAUCAACUUUUGAAAGCUGCAGAGGGUACUAGCAAGAAACACACUAAAGACGCAUCAAAAACGUCAUCCAUAGAGACGACCAUUCGACUAUCAAAAGCUAUAAAGGGUACUACCAGGGAACCAGCUAUUAAGGUUGAACCAACUACACCAUCAACAGAGGAAAUAGGAAAACUAAUGAAACCAAUGAAGGCUGCUGAAGUUAUCAGCAAGCAGUCCAAUUUCCAACCAAAGGAAUCAUCUGAACAAGAUUUAGCCAAACUAAUAACCACUACGAAAGAAACUAGACAGAAACCUCCUAAGGUGUCACCAAAAGUACCAUCCGGACAAGACACAGCUAAGGUAAUGAAGGCUGCAGAGGAAACUGCCAAAAUCAAACACAUACAAGAGAAAUUAACAGCAAAGUCUACCAAACGACCAUCAUAUGUCAUAGUCAAAACAACAGUGCAAUCACCGAAAAUAGCUACCACUGCAACCAAUGCAAAGGUUACCUCCAAAGCUUCAGCGCCACCAAAGAUAACCCAGGUAAGGGAAAUUUCUGAAGAAUGGAAGAAGGCCGUUCGGUCUAAACACUCAACGACAAAGAAGGUCAUACGAAAAGCACCAGCUGUCAAGCUCAAGACGCCAGUUGCCUCAACACCAAAUGCGCACUCAAAGUCGGCAAAGAAGGAGUCUGCUUCCGAAGCCAUAAUGAAGGUUUUGGCAAAGUCAGGUAGAGGGGGCACAGUGAAACUCCCACAGUCUAAGACAACGCCAAAGGUACCGAUAGAGGAGUAUCUUGCUAAACUAUUGGCCAAAGCGACGACUACAAUCAGGACUCUGUCUGUAGGUAAAAAGCCAAAACCGAAGACUGCAUCGAAAUCGAAGAUGGUAGAACUACUGAAACAAACGAAGUCAUCUAGGAAACCUGCAUCAAAAAAGGAUUCAUCGUCAUUACCACAGGCAACAGAUAAUCCAUUGCCCACAAUGGCAAGUAAGGGCAAGGUUAGCACCACCGAGACCCUGGCCAGUGUGGUGAAGACCAAUGAACUGCUGUCUGGAAAAAAGGUCGAGAAAUUAUUAAGAAGUCAACCGAAGAAGAGUACGACAAGAUCGCCUACAAUAGACGCGGUUACCAAACCUACGGCAGCUGUCGCAGGAAAGCAAACUGACGCAACUAACGAUUUAGGAGGGCCUCCUUCCUUCGAUCACAUGGCAGAGAAAGAUAUACUGAAUGCACUUGAAGCAGGAGAUAAGACAAAAGGUACAGCCGAAGAAAAUAAGGAGAACCUUGAACCGCCUGACAUGAACAAAUUAGUGGCACAAGUCGAACACAAAUCCAAGAUACCCACAGCAAAGAAAACAAUCAAAAAGACUCCAAGCAUGGAACGAAUGACCAACAUCUAUGGGUUGGAGAAUGCAAGUUGGGGCAAAGGGCAAAAACCAGCUGCUUCUGCGAUUAGUAAAUCACUGCUGAAACAGCUUUCGGAUGAUGCUGGUGACAAGGUUAAGACUGUGGAUGCAGCUGGAAGAACAACGGGCCAGCCAACUGCAAAGAACGGAACCAAAAAGACCACAAAUAAAAGGAAGGGCUCGAAGGAGACUGCUAAGGCACGUUCUACGUCUGAUUUAGUUGUAGACCAGGAUCUUUUGAAACAAUUAUCGGGCGAGACAACAAAGAAACCACCAACUAGCACGAUGGUACCUGGCAAAGCAUCAUCUGCCAAAACAGAUGUUUUCAAAAGGUUAUCUACCCAUACUGAGAAGCUUAAAUCUCACACUAAAAAACUGAACCAACACACAACUUUAGGGAAGAACCUCCUUGAGCAAGCUUUGGCGACGAAGACGAAAGAGCAUAUCAAGACCUCUAUAAAACACACAGAAAAGACAGACAAGCUGAUCGGAAAAACAGAGAAACAAGUAGGUCUUGUGAAGAAAUUACUGAAACAAACAGAGAAACGCCCAAAUAAUACGGAAACCAAGAACGUAUUGGUCAAUACUAACACUACGAAGAAGCUUCUAAAGGACGCGAAGAAUCUAACGAAAUCCGGUAUAUUAGGACAAGGUGUGGGGUCGUCUGCCAAGUCUGACAUUAUCAAACAGUUGUCAACAAAUUCUGAAAAGCUCAAAUCCGAUACUGACACGCAUGGGAAACACACAACUUUAACUAAGAAAUUACUGAAACAGGUUUUGGCUACGAAGACAAAAAAGGAGAUCAAGUCUACCAUGAAACAGACGGAAAAGACAGGCAAGUUGAUUGGAAAAACUGAUAAACGAGUAGGUGUUUUGAAUAAGUUACUCAAACAGACUGAGGUGAAGAAAUCGGCAGGGGGACACUUGUUCGAAAAAGGUGCCGAUAAGUUGAGUACGAAACAGGUAGUGAAAGUGGCUAAAAGCAACCCAGUCAUUUCCAAACAGUUGCUGGAACGAGCAAAUAAGAACACGUCAAGCGGCGAAAGUUGGCAAACUGGCUCUAAGAAGGUUCGAGUGAAACAACAGGCUGCUACAGGUUUAAGUCUGCCGGUUGACGAUUUACGGAGGAUAAUUUCAGAUAGCAACAACAAAACGAAAGGUUCUACACCAUCCAAGAUACAAUUAAAGCAACAACUGAAGACCGCAAUUGGUACAAGUAAUAAGGAGAUCACAAGGAAAAAGUCAGUUACAGGUAGCGGUGUAGGCACGUGCCAAGACACAGAUGUUGCCUUCGUCCUCGACAGUUCAACUGGAGUAACCGAAAAGCAAUUCAAGACGGCCAAAGACUUUGUGAAAGCGAUAAUAGGAGACGGAGGCUUCACAUCGAGCAAAGACCGUAUGGCUUUGGUGCGGUACUCGUCCAAGGCUUACAUCAACUGGCAUGCUGGGUUUGACUGGUUCGACGACAAGAAGGAACUACACGAGGCCAUAGAUGAUCUACCUCGCGUGCCUGGUAACCGGGACACUGGCGCAGCCCUUGAUGUUGUACGGAGCAGACUAUUCACAAAAUUAGGCGGAAUGAGAAAAAGGUCCAAAAAGGUCGCCGUUAUCAUAACCAAUGGUGAUACCAAUGACCAACCCAUUUUCGAGAAAGAAGCCAAGGCCUUGAAAAGUAUGGAAGUCGAUAUCUACGCAAUAGCCAUCGGGAAGGGUGUAACGCUGGACAAACUGAAGACUGCCGUAUCUGCUAGUGGGAAACGUCACGUGUUUGCUGUCGACAAGUAUCGGAAUUUGUCUAAAGUCAUGCAACCCUUCCAAGAGGCGACAUGUAUAGGAGUAGAAAAGCUACCAGGAGGUUAGGAAGUGUAUCCAAGAACUACUGGAAAACUCUCGCCCUAAACGAACUGUACAAACUGUCAAAGAGAGACUUUAUUUCUUUACUUAGUUAUAGAUUUUAGCAUUUGGUGAAUGGCAUAGUGUAAGAAGUCGUGAGUAAAUAAAAAUGCCAAUGGGAUAUCAUAUCAGGCUAUAUAAAUUA